AUGACUGGCACCGGUUCUCUCACACCCUCGGGCUCCUCAGAAUACAUCCCUCGUCGAAAAAACGACGUGGAGGUCGCUAAGGACUUGUGGAAGUUCAUCAAUCAAAAGGUCGACGACCACCGUGAACGAAGAGAGCAACGUGUAAAUGUCAAAGCCGAUAAAUUCUACGAGAGUGACUCAUUGUCAAUGAUGAGCAAAGCCGAUACUCUGGUUGUUGAAAAGGAGAAUAUAUUGGAAAAAAAGUGA